AUGAUGCUACUGCACAAGGGCAUCGAGCUUCACGGGGGUUUUUCCCUGAACUACUAUCUUCACAGUGCGAAUGCAGAGAGUCCGGCUGAGCUCCAAUACCUCAUCAUCAAUCACGGGGCAGAGAGGAACAAGACGGCACAGGACACUGGCAUCUACAUUUCUCAACAAGUCCCAACCCCGCAGGGGUUGAAGGACUUGGUGGAAGAAAUAUCAGAUGCAUUGCUUGGCGGAAUUAAGCCUUCGAUCACCGACGAUGGAACGGGCGCGACGUACAAGCUUCACGGCCCCUCGUCUCCCAAACCUCUGGCUGUGUUCAAGCCCAAAGACGAGGAAGCGUUUGCCCCCAACAAUCCACGGGGCUAUCAGGGAAAGGAGAACUCCGUUGGCAUGAGACCUGGCAUCCUCUCGACGCAGCAAGCUGUGCGCGAGGUUGCGGCUUGUCUGCUUGACCACAAAAGUUACGCGGGAGUGCCUCCCACUACUUUGGUACAUGCCAAGCAUGAGGAGUUCGUCAACCCUGACAAAAGCAAGGUUGAAUGGAAAGUUGGAGCGUUCCAAGAAUUUGUGAAUUCAUGUGGCACCUGUGGCGACAUGGGUAAUUCAGUUUUUAGCGUUUCAGAUGUGCAUAGAAUUGGUAUUCUGGAUGUCCGGAUCAUUAAUUUGGACAGAAACGACGGUAACCUGUUGGUUACUGACCGCACGAGGCCAAAGCUCAUACCGAUUGAUCAUGGCCUCAGUCUGCCCGACAGACUGGAGGCGUAUACAUCCCACGUGGUCUGGAUGGACUGGCCGCAGGCGCAAGAGCCCUUUGCUCAAGCCGAGCUGGACUACAUUAGGUCGCUGGAAGCGGAGCAAGAUGCUAAAAGUAUCGAGAUGCAGCUCGGAAUUCGCCGGGAAUGCCUGCGCUUGCUGGAGGUAACCACCAACCUCCUCAAAAUCGGCGCAGAGCGCGGGCUUACACUCCACCAAAUAGGCCACAUUCUGUACCGAGAAGAUCCGGAUGAUGGUGACGGCAAACCCAGUGUGCUGGAAGGGAUUAUCUCCAAAUGCAUCGAAUCUGCAUUUGCAGCCACCGGCCAAUCUUCUGGAAGAGCUUCCUCGACGGUGGAGAGCCUUGACCUUGUGCCGUCUUUGCGGCCAGAAGCGCGGGCUUGGCGAGAAGGUCAGCAUGGCGGUGCCGGACAGGAUCGUGAGCACGGCACAGCUGGCAGAUACAGGCACCAUCUUUCCAUUCCGUCUUCUGCAGCUCAGGAGGGUUCAG